AUGAAAACUAAAGAAAAAGUGGACAUCAGCCACAUCAGUGGGAAUAGUGUCGUUAAUGACAGCAAUCCUUCUGAAGGUUAUGGUGAUUACCAGUCGAGAGAGCAAAUAGUAAGUUUGGAAAGCAAAAGCCAAUUAAGCAUUGAUGACGGAGGCGAUGGACACUACCAUGUCACGCAUCCUACCUCAUACGCAGACACACUGUUGCACUUAUUCCGUGGCAACAUCGGCUCUGGGCUCUUAGCUAUGGGAGACGCUUUUAGGAAUGGAGGCAUCGUCUUCGCGCCAAUCAUGACAGUCAUACUUGGUGUCAUAUGCGUGCACGCUCAACAUAAUUUGCUCAAUUGUGCAGAAGAGAUGCAUAAGAAAACAAAACGGGAGAAGCCCCCAGGCUUCGCGGACACAGUCGCACUGGUGUUCGAAUACGGGCCAUCUAGGCUCCGGCCUCUCGCGCCUACUAUGAAAAUAUUAGUCAACACCUUCUUAUGUAUUACGCAAUUGGGUUUUUGUUGCAUCUAUAUUGUAUUUAUUGCUAAUAACGUUAAGAUGAUUUGCGACCAAUAUGGCGUCCACAUCGAUUUAUCUAUUCACAUGAUAUUUGUAGUUGUGCCAGUCUUACUCUUGUGUAUGGUGCGAAAUUUGAAGUAUUUGACACCAUUUUCAACCCUUGCCAAUGUUUUAAUGGCGGUGGGGGUUGGAGCGGUUUUGUAUGAGGCCACACAAGAUCUGCCUUCAGUAGAAUCCAGGGAAUAUAUAGGGACUUGGCAUCAACUACCCUUGUAUUUCGGUACUGCUGUUUACGCUUUUGAGGGUAUUGGCCUGGUAAGUCCGAGUCUAGAU